GUUUUUCUUUUGCAAGAAAGUUUAAAUUUUUCAACGAAUUAUUUUCUAUUUUUGUACUAUUUUUGUACUAUUUAUUAUUCUGUAAAUAUCACGAAUGUGAGCAUGAAAGUAUAAGCUUUGUAAUUUGGUAUAAUACUUGUACAUUGCUCUCUCAAUUAAUAUUUAAUAAUAGGUUGUAUCAUGUGCGUUUAGAUGGAAGUUAACAAAAUCUAUGCAGUAAUCAGAGCCUUUUUAAAAGGUGCUAUUGAUAGUGUCAAAGGAACGGUAUCUCUAUUCUAUUUAGAUGGCAAAAUAUGCGAGAAAGUAGCAGCAUCUGAGCGAAUCAAACGAACAGAUUCUGCACGAAAAAAGAAAUCAUUACCCUCAUCUAACGUCAAAAACCCGAAAAUAUUGAAGAGAAUCAUACAAUGUUGUGGUCUAAACGGUGGAGUGUUUUGGUUGAGUUUAAUUCUAUUCGAAUACGUGCUAUUACCGAGUCUAAACUAUUUAUUAGUCUCGAUACUGGGUCAAUCGAUGGUGGCUAGUACUGUAUGGUCGUGGACGACACCUGUGCUGUAUUGGAUAUUCAGCACGUUAUGGGUUAUGCCUUUAUUUCUGCUGAGUAAAAUCGUCAACACGUUAUGGUUUCAGGACAUCGCCGAUUCGGCUUUUUGGUGUACUCAAGGACGGUCACAUUAUUUUUCUAGUUGCAGUAAAUUUAUCGCCGAUUCAUUGUUCAGUUUGGUGAUUCAGACUUUAUUUUUGUUACAAGCUAUGUUCGUGAGUUUAUUUCCCAUCGCUCAUCUCGGAGAAGUACUCAGUAUUGUGCACAUGUGCAUGCUUUAUUCGUUAUACGCUUUCGAAUACAAAUGGUGUAAAUUAGGAUGGGAACUACAUCAACGAUUACUCUUCAUCGAAGCAAAUUGGCCAUAUUUUGUCGGUUUUGGGUUACCAUUAUCUGUGCUUACAGCUCUUCCUCAAUCGUACAUCGUUAGCGCUUGUGUUUUCUCGAUAUUGUUCCCGUUAUUUAUAAUCAGCGCAAAUGAAGCUAAACCGGUGACUAAAGUUUGUGAUGUUCAGUUGCAAUUAUUCUCCUUUGUGAUAACCUUAUCGAACGGUAUUUUCAAUAAAACAGUCAAGAAGUCGACGACGCUCGCUGGCACACCUCUGAAAAAAAUCAAAAAAUAAGCUUCAAUUGAAAUGCAGCCUGAUUCAUACUUUCAUUUUGAUAUUUACAUAUUUUAAGCGGUGUUUUGUUUUGUGUUCCGUAAUGCUUUUAUUUAUUUAUUUUUUAAAAUCAAUAUUUUACGAAUCACACAACGUAAUUUUUACGGAUAUUUUUCAUGUUUAUAAAAUGCAUUGUAUUUAACUUGAACGUCAGCUGCAAUUAUUUUAUACUGAAUCGAUGAAUAUUGCUCAUAAAAGGUACUUAAUAAAUUUUACGAGUUUUGUUAUCAAA